AACCCGACUAAUAAAAAUCCUCAAACACCCAACCAGCAAAACCCCAUUCUCUCUCUCUAACUCUGUAAACACACAGAUCAAAAUCUUAAAAAGCAAAAGCAAAAAUGGCAGUUCCGGCUAGACCUAAUGGACUUGAAGAUGAUGAAGAAGAAGGUAUAUUCGGGGAAGAAGAACUCGAGAUGGAUAUCAAUAUUGAUACAACUCCUCCACAUCUUCGUGCUCUAGCUGAGGCUGCUCAGCUCGGCAACGUCGACGCCCUUCGCCAUGCUCUAGAUAUUUUGACUGGGAAUAUCGAUGAACCCGUGGAAGACGGGGAUACCGCCCUCCACCUGACCUGUCUGUAUGGGUAUCUGCCUUGUGUCCAGUUACUUUUGGAGAGGGGAGCUAGCAUGGAGGCUAAGGAUGAGGAUGGUGCAAUUCCUAUUCACGAUGCUUGUGCAGGAGGAUUUGCUGAAAUUGUGCAGCUUCUAAUCAACUCUGCUGGCAACCCCGAUCUUGUUAACAAGAUGUUGAACACAGUUGAUGUGGAAGGUGACACACCUCUCCAUCAUGCGGCUAGAGGAGAACAUGUGGAAGUUGUGCGUCUAUUACUUGCAGCUGGAGCUUCUCCAACUAAAGCAAACAUCUAUGGGAAGCCUGUCGUUAACCAGGAUGAAAAAAAAGAGGUGUGUUUCGUCAUUGGCGUGGUGAUGGGAGUAGCGAGCUUGCGACAGGAGUAGCGAGCCAAUCAUGGGUUGCGACAGGAGUAGCGAGCUUGCGACAGGAGUAGCGAGCCAACUACAACGGACCGAUAGAAGACGAGCAGUACCAAGUUGGGUGACCGUUUGGAAAGUUGCGACUGAUAGGAAAAUUUCUCCUAAUGCGCCAGGGAGCGCAGGCCAUAACUCCAGAUGCGCAAUUCUAAUGAUAGUUGUCAGACCUUAAAGCUUCGUUUCUAGCUUCGCAAAUUCAUGUCCAUUUCCCCUUGUAAGAAUGCUUUGUAAGCAUGAUACAGCUUCCAAACUGAUCCAAUUUGCCCUUGCUCUGUGAAGGAUAUAAAGCGUUGAAGGCUAAUGCCAAUGCGUUGUAUGCAUCAGUGGCUUCUGAGUACUUCCCAGGCAUGCCUUAGACUCAUGCAUAGCCUAUUUCCACAUACUUAAUUUGGCUCGGUCCUUGAGCUGAAAUGUACGCACACAUCCUGCUUGUCGCAAGGGUGCAUAAGUCAGUCUCAUAUCGUACUUUCCUUGCAUGUAAUGUCAAUGGCUUAUGCAAGCUCGCCCUUACUUGCAUUAGCGGACAGUUUCCCUUCCUAGCCAUGCCUAAUGUCAAUGGGUUCACACCUACUUUGAACAGCUUGAUAGGCAGUUGAGCAUCCAAGGAAUGAAAUGCAAUUACCCCUAUUAAGUACUAGGUAUCACCCCGGCCUACGGCUGGGGCUCAACCUCUUACGAUUUCAUUUUGUUGUUUUGUUUGCCGGUUUGUACCCCUCAAUAUUUGUUCUUAUGAAUUCACAAUUCCAAAAAUUGUAUUCUUAU